AUGUUCUCAGAAAAGAGCAAGACGGCACCCAUUGAUCCCGAGGCCACAGAUCUAGCACAUAUCAGGGAAGAUGAAGAGUCAUCUGAAGUACCCUCUACAUUUGCCGUAAAGGGCAAAGUACACGGAUGUCUUCAAGUUCUUGGAGCUUUCUUUAUAUUCUUCAAUGUCUGGGGCCUAAAUCUCUCAUUUGGAACAUUUCAAAGCUUCUAUGCACUCACCUACAUCCCAUCAUCAACAUCAUCCGACAUCGCCUGGAUUGGGACAAUCCAAUCCUGGCUCCUGAUCGUCGGCGGUCUACUAUCCGGCCCACUCUUCGACCUCGGCUACAACCAGAGCAUGAUUAUGGUUGGAAGUAUUCUAGGCGUAACCGGCAUGAUGAUGCUCAGUCUUGCACACGAGUACUACGCCAUAUUCCUAAGCCAGGGAGUCUGCGUGGGCCUCGGAUUCGGACUGCUUUAUGUCCCCGCCAUUGCAUUGGUCAGCCGCUCUUUCACAACAAGAAGGGCUGUUGCGCUAGGUGUUUCGAGUAGCGGUGCACCUGUCGGAGGCAUUAUCUACACUACCAUGUUCAACCAGAUUCUACCAAAAGUGGGGUUCCCCUGGACCGUUCGCCUUGUGGCGUUCGUGAUGCUGGCGCUGUUUAUUGCGGCUGCUUUUAUGCUUUUGUGGCCAGAGAGACAUUCAGUGAGGGUUAAAGCAACCCAACGUAGGAGCUUGAUUGAUUUGCGCGCUUUCAAGGAUCUGCCUUUUUGGAGCUUUGCUAUUGGGAAUUUUUUCCUUUACUUGGGCUAUAUCACGCCUUUCUAUUACAUCCCCACUUAUGCGGAGACAAAAUUGGGCACGUCGAGUGCAAUGGCAUCUAAUGUCUUGAUGAUUUCCCAAGCUUCUUCAGUUGUUGGCCGCGUUGUCUUGACUUUAUUUGCUCAUUACUACGGGUCGAUGAUUGCUUGGAUCGUCUGCGGUGUGCUCUCAGGCGUUCUGUGUAUUUGUUGGAUCAGUGCAGAUAGUCUGGUACGGUUUAUCCUUUUUGCGGCCUUCUAUGGUGGUAUCUCCGGGGCCUUGAUUCCUCUCCCGCCGAGCGUUUUCACUCACGUCUGUCCCGACCCCAAGAGUCUCGGGACUUGGCUUGGAAUGGCACAGAGCUUGAGUAGCUUUGCGACUCUUGUGGGGCCACCAAUAGCAGGUGCACUCGCUUCAAUUGGUGCUGAUGGUAGUGCGAACUUGAACUACCUAGGUAUUCAAUUGUUUAGUGGGAUAGUCAUGUGUUUUGGACCAUACGAAAUUGACCCCACUAUUGAGCUAAUAGCUAAUAUGUAA